UACCCAUUCAACACAGCUAAAUUUUCUAACUAAAGUAUGUGAUUAUAAUAUUGACUAAGAGGGGUUAUAACUUUCCGGCGUUUUUGUUAGUAAAUGUUAACAAGAUUAUUUCUUCCUUGUAAAAAAGGAAUGAAUUAUUCAAAAUAAAAUAUUUUUGCAUUUGACAUUUUUGUUUUCCAAGAGUUUUGUGUGUGACUCAUAUGCGGCUUAACUCCUCCUAUAUUUUCUUCAAACAAGCAACAUUGUUUUUGUUUCUCUCUCUCUUUCUCUUUCUCACAACUUCCCUAGAAACACUUUUUUCGGAAUUCGAACGCAGAGAGAUCGGAUAAUGGCGACGGAGCAUAUAGUCCGUACGAAAGACGAAUACAAUGUCGAGCUUUUACCUAGUGACGACGAUGCGCCGCCGCUUCAAUCGUCUUGGCGUCUCAACCUCGAAGCUUUUCAACUUCCUUCUUCACCACCUUCCUCCAUCGGUGGCCGUCACGACGCUCGUACUCGCUUUUCUCGCUAUUUCCGUACUCCCAGAAAGGAACGUAGAGUCUCUGAAUACUACAAGAAGCAAGAGAGGCUCCUCGAGGGUUUCAAUGAGAUGGAGACUAUCCACGAAACUGGUUUUGCAUCUGGUGUUCCAACUGAGGAAGAAAUGAAGAAGCUUGCAAAGAGUGAGAGGCUGGCAGUUCACAUAUCGAACGCAACAAAUUUGGUGCUUUUUGUGGCAAAAGUUUAUGCCUCUAUGGAAAGUAGAUCCAUGGCUGUGAUUGCUUCAACUUUGGACUCUCUCUUGGAUCUCUUGUCUGGUUUUAUUCUCUGGUUUACAGCUAAUGCCAUGAGAAAACCAAACCAGUUUCACUAUCCUAUCGGAAAGCGCCGGAUGCAACCUGUGGGCAUCAUUGUGUUUGCUUCGGUGAUGGCAACUCUUGGACUGCAAGUUUUACUAGAGUCAGGAAGGCAACUAGUUGCCAAGAGUGGUAUUCAUAUGAAUAGCACAGAGGAGAAAUGGAUGAUCGGGAUCAUGGUCUCUGUCACCAUUGUGAAGUUUCUUCUAAUGCUAUAUUGCAGAGGAUUUCAGAACGAAAUCGUUAGGGCCUAUGCUCAGGAUCACCUCUUUGACGUUGUCACUAAUUCAAUCGGCUUAGCAACAGCUGUCUUGGCCGUCAAAUUCUACUGGUGGAUUGAUCCCUCCGGUGCUAUACUUAUUGCUUUGUACACCAUAGCAACAUGGGCAAGAACGGUACUAGAGAACGUCCAUUCGCUGAUCGGACGCUCUGCGCCGCCAGAGUUCUUGGCGAAACUGACAUUCUUGAUAUGGAACCAUCACGAACAAAUCAAGCAUAUUGACACAGUAAGGGCUUACACUUUUGGGUCACACUACUUUGUGGAAGUAGACAUUGUUUUGCCAGAGGACAUGAGACUACAAGAGGCUCACAACAUCGGAGAGACUCUUCAGGAGAAGCUCGAGCAGCUUGCUGAAGUAGAACGAGCUUUUGUCCACAUAGACUUUGAGUUCACUCAUCGUCCUGAACACAAGUGUAACUAGAUUUUUAAGUAAAUCUUGUAGGGUAUAAUUAGUUCUUUAGUUUAUGUAUUCUUCGUGUCGUUUUAUCUAUACAUAUACAGUAGUAGAUGGAAAUCGAAAUGUGUCGUUGAACGUUGUGCCGUCUCUGUUUAUGGAAUGCGCAUUGUGUGUCGUUUGAAGCUAAUUGACGACAUUAAUAUCGUUUCA